AUGACACAACCAUGGCCAUCUGACCCUACGGAAAAGGCUAACAAAUUAAAAGAAUUACAUAAAAAGUAUCACUGUAUAUUUGUGGGAAGAUCUACCAAAACCAUUGGAGCCGACAAUAUCAAUCCUUCAGACCCGACACUUCAAAAGGCAGAAGACGAUAUAAUCCAUGACCACCAUAUACGAAAGAUUACAUGUCCCUCCAUUACAAAAGAUAUUCAGCAAUUGAAACAGGAAGCUCAGUACCGCUGA